UGGUGCGACGAAUCUUCAGUCUGCAGUGCAGCAGUGGAGCGGCAGGACCGUCCGGCGCAGCGGGGCGCACUACGCAGUGGUGGAGUGGUGCAGCAAUGGUGCAAUUAGCGAGCUUAGUGACACUGGUGAUCCUUGGAUCAACAGCCACCGCUGAGUCAGUCCAGAAAUGCUACAGCUGCUCCAGCCGAACCCCCAACUCCCGCUGUCACAUGAAGCCUCUGCGCAAGCCAGAGAUGAGUGUCCGUUGCGACGAGCCGACCGCCCAUUGUGUCACCGAAAGGCUACAGACAGAAGAAGGGACGUUUAUCGCAAUAGAGAGACGCUGUUCGUCGCGAGAAGAGACCAAACAGGCGCACAAUAGGUGCGAGAGGAGGCCGUUCGGUCUCCGCUGCCUCACCAUCUGCUAUGGCAGCUUCUGCAACUACGGCACCGGCCAGCUCUUCGAGGAGAACCACCCUUGGGACUACGACGACCCCGAGUACUCUGACUACAUCUACGAUCCAGAAGAGGCCGUGCUGGCCGGCCGGAAGCGCCCGUAUUCCGGUCCGUUUCCGGUCGGAACUGAGGAGUUUCCGGUUGCUCGGAGAGUGUCUCUGGAGGCGCUGAAGCAAGGAGUUGGGGUGGCAGCGGCGACGGCAGCGGCGACGGCAGGGGCGACAGCAGGGGCGGCGGCGGCACGGUGCUCGGUGGUGGCAGUGGCGGGUCUGGUGGUGUUCUGGUGGAGGGGAGUGUGAUUAAGGGAUGAGAGUGGGCGUUAUAGAUUUGAGUGGUGACGAUUUGAAAGACCAGUGAGAUGAAGGAAAGACAGGGGUGCACCUGCACAGCUGAGUAUGAUAAGAGAGCUGCAAGAUUUGUAAUUUAGCAGGAUAUACUCUGUGGCUCAGCCUUUGUGUAAGCGUUAGUAUUCCAAUGAGCCCAAACCGACGCCAUUAGAAAACCUGAUAUUUCAUCUACCUACACAUUUGAAGUUUCCGUCGAGAAAAACAAAAUAACGCACUCCGGACAACUCAUUCACCAAGACAUUCAGGGAGUACUUGCUGCCCGAUGGAGGCAGCAGGUCAUCUGAGCGCGGCUCGGCUCCUUUCUGACCGAUCUCCACUUCAGAGCAGUCCUACUCCCGUCUCCCACCAUUGGUUGAAGGCGUUCCGUGUCACCUGAAGUCUCUAUUUUGGCGAAGAAAGCUGGUCCGGCUUGCAGUGGCCUGCAUUGCGAUCCCUGCCAGCCCUUCUGACAUUUAUGGUAGAAGGGCUGGCAUUUAUGUAGGCUGGAUUUUGGGACGUGCGGUCUGUCUUGCACCCAGGGAGCCAGCCGGCUCAUACGUCACGCUUAACUUUACCGUCAUCGUGCCAUGAUGGGCCUUGAACAAAGCGGUAUUGUCCAGUAAGCUAUACCCCACCUGCGUGGACAAUGAUGACGUCUGAGGUGGGUGACAAAUCGUCAUAGUUAUUGUCAACGGGCCAACUUUAUACCUAAUGGCCUUCGUCGUUGAUAGGCGCGAGACAUCGUAGCUUUCCUUGCAAGCCUCAGUUGCUAUGGCUUGAGGCGGCGGCGUUCUCUGUGCUCGUCAUAACGCAACAAAUGUAACAACAGAAACAUUCUUUUCUAGGGAUGUCGUGGAACAAGAACAACCGUCCAUUUUUCCCUAUUCAAACUAAUGCGGCUCAUGAGUUGAGUGCAGUGAGCGACCUGAAUUGGAUGAGCUUGGAAGCUCAUUGGUCUGAGUGAGCUAGCUCGCCGUUGUACAUGUUCAAGUGAGGAAUGCUGAUUGAACUUUAGAAACGUCCUCGAUUUGUUUUGAUGGUACUACAUAUUAACCAGUAUAACGCCUUUUGGGGCGACUAACGGAGCGAGCGAGAGGGUGGGCCUUGCACGUGCGAAAUUUCGAGGGGGUACCUCCAACUGACUUGUGCACGGCACCUUACUAGCCGGUCUCUAGCGAUGUGCCAAAUUUGAGCACAUUCGGCCCAGCCGUUCUCGAGAUCUGGAAGCGGCACCCUGCACGUGCGCACGUGCAAAAUGGGUCCCAACUGACUUGUGCACGGCACCCUACUAACUGGUCUCUAACCGUGUACCAAAUUUGAGCGCCAUCGGUCCAGCCGUUCUCGAGAUCUGGAAACGACCCCUGCACGUGCGCACGUGCAGCAGCACCCCAACUCUGGCACAUGGAUAGGCAGUGCCUAGUGGGUGCCUACCUACAUGCCAACUUUCAGCGCAAUCGGCCAAGUAGUUACCGAGAUAUUGCAACAAUUACAAAACUGACACCUCUUCGUUUUGCACGUGGCACGUGCAUAAGGGGUCACCCACAUCCAUCGGGAAUAGUCCAAUACUUGGUAGAAGGAAUGAAGCUACCCUACAAAAAUUACCGCGUGUAAAUCGGUCAAGUGGUUGCUGAGAUAUAAGCCUCGCAAAAGCGUCCGCACGGCCGGCCGGCCGGCCGCUCAUACUCAGAAAUUUCCGUUAAUCUAAGGAAAGACUACGCUCGCUUCGCUCGCUCCGUAACGAGUGCCCA